CAAACGGUGCAGCUUCGAUGCGACUCUAUCGUCGAGAGCUGAUUUUAUGUGCUUCUCCCCUGUGGUCCGUGCUUCGAUCCUGACCAGCACGACCGGUCGGACACCGGAACGGACAAUUCUGGACAGAUAAGGGAGGAGAAGGCGGCGAAGAUUAACAGAGUGAAAGCUCCGCAAAAAUAUUAGUUUUUCACUAUGUUGGCCUGCAGGCGAGGAUUGUUCACAUAUUUAAGGAACAGCUCCGCUCGAACAGUUAGUAAUAAAAAUGAAAGGCAAAAACAUAGUCUGCCUGAUCUGCCCUACGACUACAAUGCGCUGGAGCCCAUUAUUAGUGCAGAUAUUAUGAAACUUCAUCACAGUAAACAUCAUGCUACAUAUGUGGCCAAUCUGAAUGUCGCUGAAGAAAAGCUGAAGGAAGCUGAAGCCAAAGGUGAUGUUAACACAAUUAUAAGUUUGGGACCAGCUCUGAAGUUUAAUGGUGGUGGUCAUAUCAAUCAUACUAUAUUCUGGCAGAACUUGUCACCAACAGGCGGCUGUCCUAGCUCUGAGCUUGAAGCUGCAAUUAAGAAGGACUUUGGCUCGUUGGAUAACCUGAAAGCACAACUUUCAGCAGCUUCCAUUGGUGUCCAAGGUUCAGGAUGGGGCUGGCUUGGAUACAAUAAGAAUGCCAAAACCUUGCAAAUCGCCACUUGUGCUAACCAAGACCCGCUGCAAGCCACCACAGGCUUGAUUCCUUUGUUUGGCAUUGAUGUCUGGGAGCAUGCUUACUAUCUGCAGUACAAGAAUGUGCGAGCGGACUAUGUGAAAGCAAUUUUUGAUGUUGCUAAUUGGGAGGACAUCUCCCGCAGAUUUAAGCAGGCAUCAGGGUGUUAGAAUUAUUUGCGAAAAUUUCUGAAAAUGAAACUCAAUCAUUCUAACUAUGUGAUACUCAACAGAAAAAUUAUUUUAUAGUAUUUGUGGAUAGUUUUGUAAAACUUUGGAAGUCUGAAUAUGUGCACCAUUUACUUUAUAGUCCCUACAAUGUAAGUUUUAAGUUUAUUAUUGUUAUUGUUGCUUAAAUGAAGAAAGCAGGACAUUAAUUUGCAUCUGUAAUAUAUGGUAAGAGUGGAUACAAAGCCAAACCAAUGUACACAUUUAUGGGCAGAAUCUGCAAUAAACAUUCAAUAAAUAUGCAUUAAUGUUUUAUGUUAAAGA